AAUGGCAAAUUUGUAAUAAAAUGAUAAAUGAAGUUCUAAUAUUGAAGAUUUUAAACAUUAUUUAAUUGGUCAAUACAAGUGGCCUCCAAACUCCAGUGGUCUAUGAACAGAGUACUCCCUCUCUCUCUCUCUCUUCUCUCUCUCUCUCUUCAUAUAUAUAUAUAUAUACACAUUGUAUAUAUAGAUUUUCAGUAUCACAGGGCAAACAAGUACAAACCCAUUCUAGUCCUACCUUUGUUGUGUUUGUGUUUGUUCUUCUUCUUCAUCAACCAAAAAAAUAAAAAUGAGUGAUUUAAAGUCCAAAUUCAUGGAGGUUUACUCCAAAUUGAAAUCUGAGCUUCUCAAUGACCCUGCUUUCGAGUUUACCGAUGAUUCUCGCCAAUGGGUCUCACAGAUGUUGGAUUACAAUGUCCCAGGAGGUAAACUUAAUAGAGGGUUGUCAGUUAUUGAUAGUUACCAAAUUCUUAAAGGAGGAAAGGAACUAACUGAAGAAGAAAUUUUCUUAACUUCUGCUCUUGGUUGGUGUAUUGAAUGGCUUCAAGCAUAUUUUCUUGUUCUUGAUGAUAUCAUGGAUAACUCGGUUACACGUCGCGGUCAACCUUGCUGGUUUAGAGUACCAAAGGUUGGUUUGAUUGCUGCAAAUGAUGGCAUUUUACUUCGAAACCAUAUUCCAAGAAUUCUCAAGAAACAUUUCAAGGGGAAGAGUUACUAUGUUGAUCUUCUUGAUUUGUUUAAUGAGGUUGAAUUCCAAACAGCCUCAGGACAAAUGAUUGAUUUGAUCACCACAAUUGAAGGAGAGAAAGAUCUUUCAAAAUACUCAAUUCCACUUCACCAUAGAAUUGUUCAGUACAAGACUGCUUACUACUCAUUCUACCUUCCGGUUGCUUGUGCAUUGGUUAUGGCUGGUGAAAAUCUUGAUAACCAUGUUGAUGUCAAGAACAUUCUUAUCGAAAUGGGAACCUAUUUUCAAGUACAGGAUGACUAUUUGGAUUGUUUUGGCCACCCAGAUGUAAUUGGCAAGAUUGGUACAGAUAUUGAAGACUUCAAAUGCUCUUGGUUGGUUGUGAAAGCACUUGAAAUAGCUACCGAUGAACAAAAGAAGCUAUUAUUUGAGCAUUAUGGCAAAGCAGAUGAAGCAUCUGUUAAAAAAGUGAAAGAGUUAUAUAAAGCUCUUGAUCUUGAGGGUGUGUUUGCAGAUUAUGAGAGCACAAGUUACCAAAAGCUUAAUAAAUCGAUUGAAGCUCACCCGAAAAAAGAAGUUCAAGCUGUGCUCAAAUCUUUCUUGGCUAAAAUCUACAAAAGGCAGAAGUAAAGAGAUAACAAAAUUGUACUUUGUGUGAACAUUAGAGCAUUUCUUUCACUCUUUUUAAUAAAAGGGUAACUUUUAGUAAUUGUUUUUGGUUACUAGUCAUAAGAAUUCUUAGUAGUUCAUUUUCAAUGUUUCUUACUUACCCUACUAAGUGUGGUGGAUAUUUUAAUGUAAUAUCAUGUGUUUUCUUUGGAUGAAAAUUAAAUAAUUUCUAAUGAGAAAUUUGUUCUAUUA